CUAUAUAAAAAUAUCAAAUACCACCUAAAGGCGAAAAAGGUUCGUAUAUUAUAGUAUUUCGGAAUUAUCAUUUUAAAGUUCACGAUAAAAAUAUAUUAUAAUUUAAUUAAUAUUUGAUAAUUUAUGUACUAAUAGUUUACAAAUUACAAGUUAAAGUAUUAUUAAGUAGUAUACCUAUUAUUAUAUCCAUAAAAAUGAAAACAAAGAUAUCAAGUUUCCUGAAAAUGGCAAGAAUCAUGCGACCAUAUUAUGUACGUACAGCUACCACUUCGUCUACUGGAGCAUUAUUGCCUGAACCACAAAAAAUUCCGUUUGGGCUUGUGGGUAUAAUUUUCACCGUUGUGCCAGGGUUAUUAAUUGGAGCCACCAUAAGUAAAUAUAUGGCUAAUUUUCUAGAGGAAAAUGAAUUGUUUGUUCCAUCAGACGAUGACGACGAUGACGAUUAAAUGUAUUUGAUAUUAUUACAUGUUGGAUUUUAUCUUGAGAUGAUUGUUAUUUACAUAUUUAUCUAGCCCUUAUAUUCGUCUGCCUUAAUGUUAUUAAACUAUUUAAUUGUAUUUACAUCUACCCCUCCUCCCAAUUAAAUUAUUUAUAGUUUAUUGAAUGUUUAUAUAUAAUAAUAUAAUGAUAGUGAAUAUAAGUAAUAAUUAUUUUAAUAUAAUUAUCUAGUCAUUUAAAUAUUUAUAUAGUGAAUUGUGUAUUAAAAAUGUUAAUGUUUUAUUAUUUUAAUAUGCAUAAAUUUAAGUAUACUUAUUAUUCUAACUUAAUGAAAAUAAGAGAAAUAAUAAAAAAAAAUAAGUAUAUUUAAAACAAUUUGUAAUCGUAUAAUCAGUUUAUAUAGUUUUUUCAUUUAUCACAAUUAGGAAUUAGAAAUUAUGUUUAAUGAGCUGUAUACAUACUUUUUCUCUUUUAAAAUAUUUUGAUUUUUACUUAAGCAAUUUUAAUCUUUUGUAAUACAUAACCUAACUUAAUAAAAUUCUCAAUAUUCUCGUGUUAUAAAAUACAUGCUUCUAUUUAUAUGCAA